AUGUGGAACGCUUCAAAUGUCAGCAUUCGUUCUCAGGGUUUUUUCCAUAAUCAUAUAUGGCGCUGGCAUCCUCUUCUCAAGAGAAGCAUCUCUGAUUCCUCAACUAAUGCAAAGAUUGAUCUUAUGAAUCAUAUUGGCUUAUACAUUGCUACUAAUAAUGUUGACAUACCCACCUGGUCCCUUACAUCCAAUGGGAGAUUCUCAGUCAAAUCUCAUUAUUCUUUCCUUAACACCAGAGGAAUUUUAUCUGCUUAUUAUAAAACUGUUUGGAAUCCAGUAAUGCCAAGUAAAUUCCAAUUCUUCACAUGGCUUCUAUCCAGAAACAGGUUGCAUACAAAAGAAAAUCUUAUAAAGAAGGGAUGGCAAGGAGACUCUACAUGCAUUUUAUGUGGUUUAUUUUUGGAAUCUUGUGAACACUUGUUUUUUGAGUGUAGUCUUACCAAAUCCGUAUGGAAACAUUUCUGUGACUCUUACCUCCCUUUCAUAUGGCCAGCAUCUUUAUAUGAACUCCUUAAGGUUGUUGAAUCCCUUCGCCACUCUGAUGGGAUUUUAUGGCGAUCAAUUUUCUCUGCAGUGUGUUGGAGCUUAUGGACAACAAGAAAUAAAUCUAUUUUUGAAAAUUCAGUAUUCUCUGCUACUUCUAUCAUCAACUCAGCAAUUUCUAAUUUACAUGAAUGGUCAGGUCCUGGAAGAGGGAAGAAGGCACUAAAGCUAGCAGCGGUGUUAGAAGAAAGACCAAUCUUGCGGAGCAACAGUAUUUAG